AUGCCCAGAUUCUUCUCUACGUUUUCCAAACUGACCUAUCAGCUUUGUAACGACCUGGAGAGCUUGGUAUAUGCCACAAACUCAGUCCUCCAGGACUUCAUUGAAGACGGAGUAGUGUACCUUGAGCUGCGGACCAUACCGAGAGCUUCCCCCGGAAUCAGUCGGGAGCAAUACGUCAACACAGUGCUGGACACAUUCGAAAAAUUUCGGGCCAAAACCGACCAGAUGUCGGUCUUCCUAAUUUUAGCUAUAGAUCGCGGGAACAUGACCGAGGCUGAAGCAAACGAGAUUGUCAAUCUUGCGAUCGAAAGCAAAUCGCGCGGGGUGGUGGGGGUGGACAUCUGCGGGGACCCAACGAAAGGCGAUGUUAGCAUCUACAAAAGGCCUCUCUUGAAAGCCAAGCAGAGCGGACUGGGAAUAACCCUGCACUUCGCAGAGACAGCAGCCUCUGGUACCCCAAAUGAGCUGUCGACGCUUCUCUCGUUUCAACCCGACCGGCUUGGACACGUCAUCCACGUACCCGACGACAUCAAGAAGGAGAUCGCGCGGCGCAAGCUUUGCCUUGAACUGUGUAUCUCCUGCAACGUCCAUGCAAAAAUGUUUGACGGAGGCUUCCUAGAUCAUCAUCUCGGGUACUGGCGGUAUGAGGACUGCCCGAUCGCAUUACCGACGAUGUAG